AGCUCCAUAUGAAGUGUGUGCAGAUAGGAUUGUUCACCGGUCACCUUCCAUUGUUCUUGUCUUCUUAAUGUCACAAAAACAUUAAAUUUGGAUUUUUGAGGUAAAAAUGGCAGGAGGGGAUGAUUAUUCAAGUGAAAGGAAGCUUGAUCAAACACCAACAUGGGCUGUUGCUGGUGUCUGUGCAAUCAUCAUCAUCAUCUCUAUAGCUUUAGAGAAAGUUCUUCAUAAGCUUGGAAAGUUUUUCACAGAUAAGCACAAGAAAGCUUUGUUUGAAGCUCUAGAGAAGGUCAAAGCUGAGUUGAUGAUUCUGGGGUUCAUCUCACUGAUAUUGACUUUUACUCAGUAUUACAUUGCGGAAAUAUGCAUCCCAGUUGAUGUUGCUGAUACAAUGUUGCCAUGUGCUAUAAAAGAUAAAGCGGAGAAAAAAGAAAAAGGAGCCCGUCGAUUGCUUCUAUGGUACGAGCAUGGUAGAUCAUUGGCUGGUGACUCAAAGUCUACAUGCAAGGAGGGGAAAGUACCGAUUAUAACUGUCAAGGGGCUGCAUCAAUUGCACAUACUCAUAUUCUUUCUAGCGGUCUUACACGUUGCAUACAGUGCUAUUACAAUGGCUCUUGGGAGGUUAAAGACCCGCGGCUGGAAGCAGUGGGAGGAGGAGACAUCCUCGCACGACUAUGAAUUUUCCAAUGAUCCUUCACGAUUCAGGCUUACUCAUGAAACGUCUUUUGUCAGAGCACACGCCCGAUUUUGGACUCAAAACCCGAUAUUCUUUUACAUUGGAUGCUUCUUCCGUCAGUUUUUCAGGUCUGUUAGCAAGUCUGAUUAUAUGACCUUGCGAAACGGGUUCAUAAGUCUUCAUUUAGCUCCAGGAACUAAAUUCAACUUCCAAAAGUACAUCAAACGGUCGCUAGAGGAUGAUUUCAAAGUUGUCGUGGGAGUCAGUCCAGUACUAUGGGCAUCAUUUGUGAUCUUCGUGCUUCUGAAUGUUAACGGCUGGCAGGCGUUGUUUUGGGCGUCGCUGAUGCCAUUAGUUAUUAUCUUAGCUGUCGGAACGAAGCUUCAAGCCAUCUUGACAAAAAUGGCGCUUGAAAUCACGGAAAGACAUGCAGUCGUCCAAGGGAUUCCUCUAGUGCAAGCCUCUGAUAAACACUUUUGGUUCUCAAGGCCGAGCCUAAUGCUUCUUCUCAUACACUUCGCUUUGUUUCAGAAUGCUUUCCAGAUUACUUACUUCCUUUGGAUUUGGUAUGAAUAUGGUAUUGAUUCUUGCUUCCAUGAAACUAUGGAACUUGUGAUUGUAAAACUUGUUAUUGGGGUUGGAGUUUUAAUCUUAUGUAGCUAUAUAACGCUUCCUCUAUACGCGCUUCUGUCACAGAUGGGGUCAAGCAUGAAGAAAUCCAUAUUCGACGAACAAACUGCCCGGGCCCUGACGAAUUGGCGAAUGGCGGUGAAGAGGAAGCGCAGAGGCAAAGAUGGAAAGUCCCAAACCCGAUCAGUAGCAAGUAGUCUUACUGCUAGCCCUGUUCAUUCAUUCGCAUCACCUAUCUCCCCGACAACUGCAGCUACCCUCCAUCGUUUCAAGACAACCGGCCACUCCACACACCCGGCUGCCUAUGAGGACACUGAUGCAUCAGAUUUUGAAGCUGAACCACCCUCUCCUGAAUCAUCUACCAGACACUUGAUUGACCCAAGGGUUGAUUACCACAAUGAUCAUGAGAUUAAGUUAGAUUUAUCGACUCAACAAGAAGUCGAUACAAGUGAGGAUGAAUUUUCAUUUGCGAAGUCUGCGACGCGGUUUGAAUAAUAGAAAAACUGCAUUUUGGAGCCUCCAACUGUCCUGCAUGAAGAUAUAUGAUUUAUAUUCAUAGUUGUUAUGCUUACAUUUGUUGUAUAAAUGUGUAUACAACAAAUCUGAUAAAACUUAUCACAUAGUUAUUUUUUUUCGUAUACGUAGAUAAUAUGUUGAUCUUUGGUACAAACCAAGAACACGUUAA